GCAAUGUGAACUCCGUAUUAGACAUGGGUGCACUUUAARAAACAAUACCAAAUGAAAGGGCAUUACUUUAACUAUUCAAUAUGGCGGAUCUUCAACCAAACUGCAACAGACCAAAGCCUGCUGAAAUAAAAUUAAGAGAAACAGCCGAAUCGCUUCUUAAAGGAAAAUGCAAGACGAACCCUCCCGAAUCAGUCUCUCAAAAAUCUUUAUUAUGCCUGACAGAAAGAAAYCCGCUUCGYCACUACUGCAAAAAGAUCGUGGAAUCCAAAGCCUUCGAAUAUUUUAUUCUCGUAACCAUUGCYGUCAAUUGUAUAGUAUUGAUGCUGGAUAGUCCUUUACCAGAAAACGAUACUACAGAACGAAACCAAAAAUUGGAAACCGCAGAAACCGUAUUCGUUGUGAUAUAUUGUGUCGAAGCAGUGACUAAAAUCAUUGCUCUUGGCUUUGUGUUUCAUCCCAACGCUUAUUUAAGAAAUGGAUGGAAUAUCUUAGACUUUGCUGUUGUUGUUGUUGGUCUCAUAGGUUUUAUAUGGGAUUCAGUUGAAAGUCUAAAGAACAAUGAUCUUACUCAACAAAAGGACACUUUAAAAGUUUUAAGAGCAGCAAGAGUCUUGAGACCUCUUAAGAUUGUGUCGGGUAUUCCAAGUUUACAAGUUGUUAUGAAAACAAUAUGGAGGGCCAUGGUUCCAUUACUACAAAUCCUUGUACUCAUCCUGUUCGUCAUUGUAAUAUACGCCAUUGUAGGAUUAGAACUUUUAAAAGGGAGAUUCCAUUACACUUGUUAUAAUGAUCUAAAUCAAGAAGCUAUCGAUAAAACUUAUUCUCCGCCAAAGAUUUGCGGCGGUGAUCUUUCGACUUCCGGUCGACCAUGUCCAUCAAACUACACAUGUAAAAGAAAUGACAUUGUAUGGCCAGGCCCAAAUAAGGGCAUAACAAAUUUUGACAAUAUAUUUCUAUCAAUGUUAACUGUAUUUCAAUGUAUCACCAUGGAGGGUUGGACUGACAUAAUGUAUCAUAGCUACGAUGCACGUGACUACAAUAACCGGUUACUGACAUCGACAAUAUAUAUUUCUCUUAUUAUGAUUGGCUCAUUUUUUAUGUUAAACUUAGUACUUGGAGUAUUGAGUGGUGAAUUUGCUAAAGAAAGAGAACGCGUUGAACACCGGCGGAAAUUUUUUAAACUACGGAGACAACAGCAAAUGCAACGAAUGUUCGAUGAUUAUUUAGAGUGGAUCAACAAAGCUGAAGAUAUAAUGCUGCGAGAAGACCGGGAACAACAUGGUGUAGGAGAAGGAGGACCAAGGGAUCCUUUAAAGAAACGUUAUAGUCUGUCUGAUUCUAUCAUGCAUCUAAUAGAGGACCAUGGAGAAAUCAUACAACAUUUGAAAAAUAAAAGAAAAUCACAGGGAACUCUAUCAUGGUCUGAAAGAUAUGUUAUAGUUCGAAAGUUUAAAAAGAAAGAACGAUUACUAAGAGGUCAUAUAAGGUCUUUGGUCAGAAGUUCCGUGUUUUACUGGGGCGUCUUAUUGUGUGUAUUUUUGAAUACUGUUAUCAUGUUGACCGAGCACUACGACCAACCGUAUUGGUUAGACAAGACACAAGAAAUCUCAGAAAAAGUUUUCCUUGGCAUAUUUAUAGUUGAAAUGCUUCUCAAACUUUAUGGUCUGGAACCAAGAAAUUAUUUUAAUUCAGCAUUUAACAAAUUUGAUUUUAUAGUUGUAUUAUCUGGUAUCGCCGAGUUGUUCGUGGAGAGAUAUACAAAAAUGAGCUUUGGUAGUAGCGUAUUACGAAGUCUUCGACUUUUAAGAGUUUUUAAAUUCACAAGGGUGUGGUCAUCAUUACGAAACCUUGURACGUCACUUCUCAAAAGCAUGCGGUCCAUUCUCAGUCUUAUAUUUCUACUACUGUUGUUUAUUUUUAUUUUCGCGCUGUUGGGUAUGCAGUUGUUUGGUGGAAAAUUUAGCAAACGCCUGGAUGCACCAAGRACGAAUUUUGAUAGUUUUGUCAAAGCAAUGUUAGCAGUCUUCCAGAUCAUGACCGGCGAAGACUGGAAUACAGUUAUGUACGAUGGUAUCGAGGCCGCAGGGGGUCCGAAGACUGUCGGGGGGAUUCUGGCUUCGCUUUACUUUGUURCGCUUGUUAUCAUUGGAGAUUAUACUUUAUUAAACGUAUUUCUGGCUAUCGCUGUUGACAAHCUUGCUAAUGCCCAGGCCCUCACACGACUGGAAGAGGAAGACGAAAGGCAAAGAGAACAGAAUAAAAAACGCCGACAAGAWAAAAGACCUAAUGGGGGGUGGGCUAAGGCAAAACAGCUCCCAAUGAUCAUGGCWAUAACCAAAAUUAACCAACAUAAUAGCAACAAUCCGUUUCCUAAUUCUAAGCCUGUUAUUGAAAUGGAGCACCAUUCACCGAGGGGAGGACGCUUCAGCAAAAACAGUGCCUUGCGAGUUAAAAUCUCUGAGGAUUCUCCAUCAGUGUCAAGCAGAAAUGGUCGUAUUUCUCGACAAGAUACUACGGACAAUGAACGAGAAGAUGAGGGUGAAGACACAGAAAGUUUGAGUCGAACGCCUUCUCCACGAAACUUUUCGUUGAGUUUUCGAGCAGAAGGAMGAAUAAUGCGAAGACGAAAUAUUCAGAGAACCAACACGCCAAUAAUAAGAAAAAGCUCGAUGUUUAUAUUUGGUCCCGAUAAUCCGGUUCGUCGUUUUUGUCACUGGUUGGUUAAUCUACGAUACUUCGAUACUUUCAUCCUCUUUAUCAUNCUCAUUAGUAGCGUUUUGUUAGCAUUUGAGGACCCUGUUAAUUCCGAUAGUCAACGAAACAGAAUCUUAGGAUAUUUUGACUAUGUGAUCACUGCAAUCUUUGCGCUUGAAGUCGUGGCAAAGAUGAUUGAUUUGGGUGUUAUUGUCCACAAGGGUUCGUACUURAGAGACUGGUGGAAUGUCAUCGAUGCCUUUGUCGUUGUAUGCAAUAUAACAGCAUUGAUUCUCAAUCAAGAUCAAGACGACUCGCAUGACAGUACACGUAAUACUAGUUCGCUAGAAGAUGCUAUCAAAUCCUUUCGAGUGCUUCGAGUAUUGCGACCCCUCAAAGCCAUCAACAAGCUGAAGAAUCUUAAGACGGUUUUUCAAUGCAUGAUUUUUUCACUGAAAAAUGUCCGCAAUAUUCUCAUCAUUACUGGUCUGUUCUACUUCAUCUUUGCUGUUAUUGGAGUUCAGUUAUUCAAGGGAAAGUUCUUUUACUGUACAGAUCCCUCCAAAAAAUUCGAAAAGGAUUGCAAGGGYUAUUAUUUCAAGUACAACGUCGACAACGCAAUCAGUUUGGAUCGCUUUGAGGUUAAGGAACGUGAAUGGAAAAAUGUUGACUUCAAUUUUGAUAAUGUUCCAUAUGCAAUGCUAACAUUAUUUUCAUCAUCGACUGGCGAAGGAUGGCCUAUAGCAAUGUAUCAUACAAUUGAUGCUACAAACGUGGAUGAAGGGCCGCGGCGUGACAAUAACAUCCACAUGUCCAUAUACUAUGUCUGUUUUGUGGUCGUCUUCUCUUUCUUCUUUUUAAACAUCUUCGUCGCUCUCAUCAUUGUGACAUUUCAAGAGCAAGGCGAGAAGGAAAUGGUUGGAUGUGAAUUGAAUAGGAAUCAGCGUGAUUGUAUUCAGUUUGCGAUGACUGCAAAACCAAGACAGCGGUAUAUGCCCAAAGAGGACACUUGUUUCUUCAAGGUGUGGCGAGUSGUGGAUUCCAAACCAUUUGAAAUCUUCAUUAUGACUAUGAUAGUACUCAACGCCUUGGUUCUUAUGAUGUCGUACGACAAUGCAAGCCCUCAAUAUGAUAAAUACCUGGAAUAUAUCAACAUGGCCUUUACGUUCGUAUUCUUACUGGAAGCCAUCUUGAAGCUGAUUGCUUUUAAAUUGAAUUAUUUUCGUGACUACUGGAAUAUUUUCGACUUUAUUAUUGUUGUUGCCACACUAGUGGAGGUUCUUAUCGAAUUAUCCAAGGACGAGCAAACGUCGGAUUCCAAACGCGAUAUCGAUCCCAGCUUCUUUCGACUUUUUCGAGCGGCACGYCUUGUYAAACUUCUUCGYCAGGGCUACACGAUACGGAUAUUACUGUGGACAUUCUUCCAGUCAUUUAAAGCGCUGCCCUAUGUGGUUAUAUUGAUUGCUCUGCUCUUCUUUGUUUAUGCUGUGAUUGGCAUGCAGCUAUUCGGUCGGAUUAAACAGGUGCCAAAUAAUAAAAUCAACAUCCACAACCACUUCCAGUCAUUUCUUCAGUCUCUUCUGGUACUGUUCAGGUCAGCAACAGGUGAAAACUGGCACUUAGUGAUGUUAGCGUGUUUUGAUGGUGCUGAAUGCCAAGUUGGUAAAGACUGUGGAAAUACAAUGGCGUCCAUUAUCUACUUCUGUACCUUUUACUUCUUUUGCUCUUUUCUGAUGUUAAACCUCUUUGUGGCCGUCAUCAUGGAUAACUUUGAAUAUUUGACACGYGACGAGUCCAUCCUUGGACCUCACCAUCUGGAYGAGUUUGUGAGGGUGUGGUCGGAGUACGAUCGUGGAGCUACUGGAAGAAUAAAGCACACAGAUGUCUACAAGCUGAUGUGUGAUAUGUCUCCCCCUGUUGGGUUUGGUAAAAAAUGUCCCAAGUUUAUAGCAUAUAAGCGAUUAAUAAAGAUGAACAUGCCGAUAAUGGGYGACAAUACAGUAUUAUUCACAGCCACGCUCUUUGCCUUGAUACGWACAUCGUUGGGGAUAUUCAGCCAUGGUGAUCCGUCCUACGCUGACACUGAUUURCGACGAACMAUCAAGAAACUUUGGCCCAAAACCAGCAAGAAAACCUUAGAUAAAAUGAUCCCGAUGCAGUCAGGUAUAUCAUAUAUCAAUUGUUGCCUUGAAUAGUUUUUGUUCUUAGCUGUAUUCUUAUUUUAUUUAGAAACACAGAUGG